GCCGGAGCCCGAGCUGGCGCUGGACCUCAGCCGGCUGCCGCCCGAGCUGCUGCUGCUGGUGCUGAGCCACGUGCCCCCGCGCGCGCUGCUCGCGCGCUGCCGCCGGGUGUGCCGCGGCUGGCGCGCCCUGGUGGACGGCCAGGCUCUGUGGCUGCUGAUCCUGGCCCGCGACGGCGGCGCCGCCGGCCGCGCCCUGCUGAGGCUCGCGCGCAGCUGCCCACCCCCGGCCCGCGACGCCCCGUGCUGCCGCCUCGGCCGCUUCUGCGCGCUCAGACCCCUCGGCCGCAACCUCAUCCGCAACCCCUGCGGCCAAGAGGGCCUGCGGCAGUGGAUGGUGCAACACGGUGGGGACGGCUGGGUGGUGGAGGAGAACACGAGGGCGGUGCCCGGGGCGCCUUCGCAGACCUGCUUCGUGACUUCCUUCAGGUGGUGCUCCAAGAAGCAGAUCCUGGACCUGGAGGAGGAGGGGCUGUGGCCGGAGCUGCUGGAUAGCGGCGGGAUUGAGAUCUGUGUCUCUGACUGGUGGGGAGCCCGGCACGACUGCGGCUGCAGGUAUCAGCUCCAUGUGCAGCUUCUAGACGCCAACCAGGCCGUCCUCGACAAGUUCUCGGCCGCGCCGGCCCCUGUCCAGCAGUGGAACAACAAUGCUUACUUUAAUGUCAGCCACGUGUUCUCCAGCAUCCAGCCUGGCGUCCGCUUUGUGUCCUUCGAGCACUGGGGCCAGGACACACAGUUCUGGGCUGGCCACUACGGAGCUCGCGUGACCAACUCGAGCGUGAUCGUGAGAGUCCGGCCCACCCCGUGAGCGGCCGCCCCGCUUCCAAGCCAGCCUGACGCAGCCGGCUGGGACCCCACACCCACCCAAGCGCUCGCACCUCCCUGGCAAGGGUCCUGCCACAGCCUCUCUGCUGGUAUCAAAAACUACUGGAAACUUCUUCUGUCAGGUCUACCUACUGCUCUGCUUUGGGGGGACCCCACAGUAUGCAGGGGCCGCUGGUCCUGGUGAGAGCCUCCCCCAGAAGCCCCCUCUGGUUCAGCCCCAGCCCCGUCAACCCCUCUGUUCCAUUGGCCUCUUUUCGCCUCCUGUUUCGGGUGUAGGAAUUCCCUUGGUUCCUACCGGGAAGCCCUGUGCCCAUCUCUGAACUCGGGCAAGAUCCCAGCCACCGUGGGGGUGAGCUUCACCCCCCGGGCUUCCGGGCCACAGGGCUGGGACCGGGUCAAGCAGUGGCGCCAAGGCGGCCCCCAGCCCGCACUGACGCUGCAGGACCUCUGUGAUGGUGUGGCGUUUACGAGUAUUGUAUUUUUCAUUUUGACUUGUAAGCAAUGAGAGUAAUAUAUCAGCAGCAUGACUCUGCUACUUGUAUGUAAUAAAGUAAUUAUUUUGCCAAAA